AUUGAAGAGAAGAGAGGAGGAAAAGGAAGAAGAAGAAGAAGAUACAGGACUAAAGAAGAGGAAGAGGAAGAGUGGCUUGUUUGGGGAAGGCGAGGAUAGAGAAGGAAAAAAGAUCCCUUAUAUUCCUCUUUACACAGCUCUAAGUCAUGGCUCACACAAUCCUUCUCGUGCAGCCGGGACCCAAGCCAGAGACGAGGACAUUUUCUGAUUACGAGAGUGUCAACGAGUGUAUGGAAGCAGGUGUGUGUAAGAUCUACGAGGAGCACCUCAAGCGCAUGAACCCCAACACACCGAGCAUCACCUACGACAUCUCCCAGCUCUUCGAUUUCAUUGACCAGCUGGCAGACCUCUCAUGCCUUGUGUACCAGAAGAGCACCAACACCUAUGCACCUUACAACAAAGACUGGAUAAAGGAAAAGAUCUACAUUCUGUUGCGGCGUCAGGCUGCCAAAGCAAACUAAGAAAUGGAACACUGCUGCCGGGGCCUUUGCAAGCACCUGGGAGCCUCGGGAGUGGGCCUUCCCUGCUCCCUCAGAUUCUUCAUGUCUCAGCGUGUUGCGAAUAAUCUUUAAAGCUGGGUUACCAUCCUCCCAUAACACUUGCUCACUGCUUCUCACUCUGAUACCUGGAAAUCACUGGCCUGCAUCUCGUGUCGUAGAGGUUGUGGUGCUGCCGAGCCUUCCCGCAGUGCAAUAUUCAACUUAUCCAACAAAUUUAGAGUUAAUUGAUUCAAAUGAAUGCCAGAAUUUGAACAGAUUAAAAGUAUCACUAUAAACUGGAAAUUUGGUUAUUUUUCGGGAAGAGUUUGUCAUUCAUGUGCAAGCAUCUGCCAGCCAGUGAGUGGAUUCUUUGUUGCCUUGUCCUCCCGUAGCACCAGAGCUCUGCCACACAAGCACAUUUUUUCAAGCAAGAGCUGCCCAGUCUUCUUGUUCCACUGCAGUGCUCCUUGAGAUUAGACUCAAAGACAAUUAAGAGAUUAAAAUUUUGCACACUUACAUGAUAUUAAAGAAUUACAAGUAUAGGGUGCAAGAGAGUUUAUCAGUGCUGGCGUACAGGAAGCUAUUGGGAAAAAACGUGAGUUCCAGGUACUCAGAAACAGGUGUUCCCGCAGAUUCCAACCCUGGAAGUUGGGAAAAGCCUGUGGCAGCAGUAACACAGUAGUUUCCAGUUCAUUUCUGGGAAGAACAGUACAAAUCCACUGGCAAGGCACGUGACAGCUGCCGGUGGUGGGAGUGUCACGUCCAGAGUGUCACAUGCCAGGGGGGUUGGGGUAGGGCGACGCAUGGUACCCGGUGUGACCAGUCUCCCUCACUUUCCUAUCCACGGUCUUUUUUUCCACUGAUGGCGUGGGCUGCUGUGCCCCCGUAGCAAACAAAGGGAGGCAGAGUCACUGGGCAGUCUUGAGGUGUCCGUGGAUCCUACGCGAGCUUUGAAUGUAUCUUCCAUGUUUCAGUCUUCUGUUACCUGUCCAGCUCUGGGAUGAAGGUAAACUUGUGUUGCAGUGUGUCUUCUGCUGUGCUGGUCAACAUGCAGCACAGCAGACGCAGAACAAAACAAAUCAAGAUGAAAAACUUUACUUUCUGUGGUUUCUUUGUCCUGGAAGAACAUUGUCUUACUUCUGAACUGUACCAAUAAAAGUUUUCUUUGC